GGGGCCCCCGGGACUCACUUGUGGGGCUGGAGGACUCACCUGUGGGGCGGGAGGACCCAUCUGUGGGGCUGGAGGACUCACUUAUGGGGCUGGAGGACCAACCGAGGGGUUGGAGGACCCAUCUGUGGGGCUGGAGAGCCCCUGUGUGGGGCUGGAGGACUCACUUAUGGGGCUGGAGAGUCCAUCUAUAGGGCUGGAGGACUCACUUAUGGGGCUGGAGGACCAACCGAGGGGUUGGAGGACUCACUUAUGGGGCUGGAGAGCCCAUCUGUGGGGUUGGAGGACUCACUUAUGGGGCUGGAGAGUCCAUCUAUAGGGCUGGAGGACUCACUUAUGGGGCUGGAGGACCAACCGAGGGGUUGGAGGACUCACUUAUGGGGCUGGAGAGCCCAUCUGUGGGGUUGGAGGACUCACUUAUGGGGCUGGAGAGUCCAUGGCUUGGAGGACCAAGCUAGGGGUUGGAGGACUCACUUAUGGGGCUGGAGAACCCACCUGUGGGGUUGGAGGACUCACUUAUGGGGCUGGAGGACCAACCUAGGGGUUGGAGGACCCAUCUAUGGGGCUGGAGGACCCAUCUGUGGGGUUGGAGGACUCACUUAUGGGGCUGGAGGACCCAUCUAUGGGGUGGAGAACCCAUCUAUGGGGCUGGAGAACCCAUCUGUGGGGUUGGAGGACUCACUUAUGGGGCUGGAGGAGCCAUCUAUGGGGUGGAGAACCCAACCUAUGGGGCGGAGGAGCCAUUUAGGGGCCUGGAGGACCCAUCUAUAGGGCUGGAGGACCCAUCUAUGGGGCUGGAGAACCCAUCUAUGUGGUUGGAGGACUCACUUAUGGGGCUGGAGGACCCAUCUAUAGGGCUGGAGGACCCAUCUAUGGGGCUGGAGGACCCAUCUAUGUGGUUGGAGGACCCAUCUAUGGGGC